AACCGAAAGUAAAAAGCAUUUUCCAUAUUUCACUGCGCAAGAGAGUCACGUUCGGAUGGUUGUGUAGUAGCUCGUGCUUAAAUAUUCUAAAUAAAAAUAUUAAAACUAAUUUUUAAAAAGUUAAUUUCGAAUCCCUAAAACAAACUUCCAAUUGUGAUCUAAUUUUUUUUGUGAGAUAGGAAAAGUUUUAGAAGUUCGGAAAGAAAGCACAAAGUUAAGUUCAGUUUAAACAUGCGGCCUUUUGGCAACGAUAUCACAAAUAUCCAGCACAAUGCUGGAAGUGCCGGUAACAACGAUCCAAAUGAUGGUAAUGGGAACAGAAACAACGACAACAGGAACUCAAAUACAGACGAGGAGGAAGGUUCCGGGCAAGAGGUAGACCCACGAGUUCCGCCGCACAUAGCCAGGAUUGGCGGGAUAGGCACCUUUCCGCCGAUCGCCGGACAGGGUGUCAUCCGUGUAGUACAGCGAUGCGAAGAGGCCAAAGAGAACCGCAAGCUUGAUCUCUCUCAAUGUGAACUAAUGCAAAUACCAGAUGCAGUGUAUCACUUAAUGCGAAAUACAGAGUUGCAGACCUGCAACCUUAGUGGGAACGUUCUAAAGAGUGUCUCACCAAAGUUUUCGCAAAAGUUCAGUUUGAUUACAGAUCUCAAUCUUUCACAUAACAAGCUGACGAGGCUACCAGAAGAAUUAAAGAAUUUGACUAGCUUGACUAUUCUGAAUAUCUCCCACAACUCCUUUAUAGUCUUACCUCAAGUAGUCUUUAAGCUGCAGAGUCUUACCCAUCUUGAUGCUCAACACAAUGCCAUAUUGGAAAUUGAUACUGAAGAGGCUAUAUCCAGUUCCGGUCUUGUUUUGGUAGAUCUUCGUUUCAACCCGUUAAGCAGAAACUUCCGUCGAAAGCUGCAGGACUUUCAAACCUCCUUCCGCCUGGAGAUCUCCAACAACGUUGAAGACGACUGGUAGUACAUAGGCAGCUAACAAGGCAAAACAACAUAUCUUUUAGCAGCUAAUUUUUUUUUUUUAUCGCUAUUAAUGUUGUAUA